AUGGUCUACACUCUCGUCUGCCACGCCCAGGUCAAGAAGGAGCACGUCGACGACAUGGCGGCCAAGCUGCGCGAGGCGCGCGAGGUGUACGAGAAGGACUCGGAGACGAUCCACUGGUUCGUCAUGCAGGACGUGCACGACCCGACAAAGUUCACCAUCGUCGAGCGCUUCAUGAAGGAGAGCUCGCAGGAGGAGCACCUCUCGAACCCGUACUGGGCCACCUUCAACCCGACCGUCGACCCGUGGCUCGUCAAGCCCAUCGACAUCUUCCGCCACGAGGAGCUCUGA